AUGGCACGAUAUGCCGAGGCAAAUAUGCAAAAGUACACUUUCCCUCAGAACGAGCGAGACAUACUCUUCAAUGCGACUUGCCCUCACAUUGGAGACUUCGACUGUGCCAACUGCGACACCAACCAAAUCAUACAUCGGCGCGAGAGAGAUACCAGGAGCACCACCAUCGAGAUACACUAUGGCACAAUCGCAUCCGGCAAUCAAGUAAUCAAAGACGCUCAAACACGAGAUCGAAUUGUCAGAGAGCUCGGCGGCCAGAUCUUAUGCUUCGAAAUGGAAGCCGCAGGUCUUAUGAACGACUUCCCAUGUCUGGUGGUCAGGGGUAUAAGCGAUUAUUGUGACUCGCAUAAGAAUGACGGAUGGCAGAGGUAUGCAGCUGCGAGUGCUGCGGCAUAUGCUAGAGAGUUGUUACUAUUGAUACCGUCGGAAGAUGUGGUAGGGUAG